AUGAUCCCUAUGCUACCCAACCAAGCCUCUGUUGAGCCCGUUUUGAUCAGACUGAAAGAUAUCGACAUACCUGUGCCUGCUCUCCAAAAAGCAAACCCCGACAUCAAUCGGUUUAGCGCUGGCUUCAUUAUCCUCCGUGAAGACCCAGUUGAACUAUCCAAACCACAUGCAUUCCUCGUCCAACGUGGGUUCGAUGGAUCAUGGGGUGGGACCUGGGAGGGACCGGGAGGUGGAUAUGAGCCUGGUAAAGACACCACAAUCGUGGAAACCGCUUUGCGUGAGACUCAAGAGGAAGCAGGCAUAGUUAUUCCACCGGAAGCUAUUUUCCCGCUUGUAUACAGAAGGGCGUUCGAGCACAAGGGCUUGCUGAUGAAUUAUUACAUAUUCAUUGCGCAGCUUGAUGGGAAAAUCCCCGUUACUCUGUCCGAUGAGCACCUUGCCUGGGGGUUCUUCAACGAAAAAGAAGCCCGAAGUUUCGGAACCUUUGACAAGGAGGAGGCUAGACAGCAGAAAUACGUUAUGCUUGAAAGCAAAAAGAGAACCCUUUGUCACAUCUUCAGAAACAAAGAAAGUCUGAAGAAUGGUGAUGAGAAGGGAAUCAUGCACGUGGAUAGGUAA